GACUAGAACUCAAUAUCCAAAAUAGAAAACUCUUCCCUCUCAUCCAUUACAGAGAAGGCUUUAACAGAUGUCACGGUGCUAUACCUUGGCACGGCAACGUAUGAUCUCCCAGACCCCAUGCAUAAACAAACUGAGCGCUUCAAGGAAGCCGGUUGUACUAUCGACUGCCUCAAUGUAGCUAUAGAUACACCGCCUACGCAGAGGAUCGUCGAGGCCGUUCAGAAGGCUGACAUUGUGGUCGUUUCCGGAGGCAACACCCUGUACGCUGUAGACCGUUGGGUGAAAUUGGGUAUAGACAAACUCUUGCGUCAAGCGGUCGAAAGACGGGUUGUGAUGUGUGGUGGUAGUGCUGGGGCCAUCUGCUGGUUUGAUUCGGGCCACUCCGAUAGCAUGGACCCCGACUCGUAUCGAAAGAACAAACUCGCAGAAGGAUCUGACAGUCGUGACGAUAGUGCUGCACCCGAAUCGGCUGAUGAUGCCAAACCGUGGAAGUAUAUCAGGGUUAAUGGCAUGGGAUUUUUGCCUGGACUAUGUUGUCCUCAUCAUGACAGAGUCCAGAGCAAUGGUGUACUCCGCGCAGUUGAUUUCGAUGAGAUGUUACAGCGCCACCCGGGCGAGACGGGUAUCUGCAUUGACCACUGGGCUGCACUAGUAGUGAAUGGAGACUCUUACACGGUCAUAUCCCCAGAAGGCACGGCGGGUUCUGUGACUGCGACGGGAAAAUACACAACCGAAGUACUAUGUGGUUUCCUAUAAUUGUGCUACUUGAGUUGUUGUUAGGCGAUAUGUAUGGAUGAGCUAGUUUGCGUUUGUCACUUUCGCU